GCCAUGAGUGGAAAAAGUUGCCAGCUCCUGGUGUCUCCAUGCAAUGUGUCCCCAUCACUGAGCAUGAUCAGAGGACACCAUCCCCAGUCCAUCAGGAUUCCCAUGUCCCCACCACCACGGGGCAAUCUUAGUCCCUCCUCAGCAAAGGAGAAGGUGAAAAAAGGGACAAUUCAGUCCCUGGCCUCUGGGAAACCAAACGGAAGCCAUGUUGCUCUACCAACCCUGAGCCUCCGCAGGCAGGUGUUGACCAAUGGGAAACGUCUAAGCAUGCCAACUGUCACCCCACAACAGCAAGUGCCUGCUCAUCAUCCUCCAACCACAACAGUGACAGCUACCGUUCAGACAGGACUCUGCUCCACUAACAGUUUCAAAGGAGGUUGCCCUGUGUCUGGGCCCACCAUGGAAGUAUUUGGUCAGCCAGCUGCUGCUACCCUGACAGUGACCAGUAGCCCCAUGACUGUUGCCGCAGGUCAACCAUAUACUGCAGGGACUGCAGCACCUCAUCCUCCAUCAAAUUUCCAUAGCGUAACGAUUCCACACACUGAUGCCAGAUCCUUACUGUCCAGAGAAUCCCUGGCAUCCACUACCCUCAGUCUGUUUGAAACACAGUCAGUGUUUAGUGGAAGACAUGACUGGCCAUAUGGCUACCGUGUGCUUCCUCCACUGGGGCUACCUCAGUGGUCCACCCAGGCCAGUGAGGGAGGUGAGCAGCUCAGCAUUUCACCAGGCACAGCCAUGUCCGGCACCACCAUGUCAGGGGGCACGAGCACCUCUGCCUCCCUGCCUUCAUACCUCUUUGCAGCUGAUGCUGGAAGCCCUAGGCCAUCUCGUGCUAAGAAGAGAGCUCUCUCCAUGUCACCUUUGUCAGAUGUCAUGGGUACCGAUUUCAACUCCAUCAUACGUACUUCGCCUACCUCACUUGUGGCUUAUAUUAAUGGUUCCCGCAGCUCUCCAGCCUCCCACUCCACACUCUCACCCGUCCAGUCUGAGGGUUAUGGUCACUUCCUGGGUGUGAGAGGCCGCUGUAUCCCCCAGGUCCACCCCUACAGCAUGCCAGGCUCUUCAAGGGCCAUGGCCCCACAGACAGAAUGCAGCCGUAUGCAGAUGCUUGAAGAGGGAGGGGGUCUGGAGAGCCAGAUGGCCAACAUGGUAGUGGAACAGCAGUGCCUCCCAGAGGAAGGAGGGGCACUGGAGAAGACAUCAGACAGCUGCAGCCAAACCACCAACAACCUGCCGCCACCUUUACAGUUACAACCAGCUCUGCUGACAACAGUCCAUGAAGCUGCUACUCCACAGGGGCCUCCACCGCCCUACCACUCCCACAUUCACCUCUCCAGACGUCACUGCAAGAUAAAGCCCCCAUCUCAGGACCCUCUCACACAGGCUCCCAUGGUUCCUCCAAGGUAUGGAGUGAGCUUUUUACCACAGGUCCCAAUGCUGGAGGAAGAAGAGGGAGAGCUGGAGGAGUAUGGGGCACACUGCUGCAGGUGGUUGGACUGUAGUGCGGUCUAUGACCAAAAGGAGGAGCUGGUAAGGCACAUAGAAAAGCUACAUGUGGACCAGCGGAAGGCUGAGGAUUUCACAUGCUAUUGGGUGGGCUGCCCACGCAACUUCAAGCCCUUCAAUGCCCGAUACAAACUUCUUAUCCACAUGAGGGUCCAUUCAGGAGAGAAACCCAACAAGUGCACGUUCGAGGGCUGCAAGAAGGCUUUCUCUCGGCUAGAAAACCUGAAGAUCCACCUGCGUAGCCAUACGGGGGAGAAACCCUAUGUGUGUCAGCACCCGGGAUGCCACAAGGCCUUCAGCAACUCAAGUGACAGAGCUAAACACCAGCGUACGCACCUGGACACAAAGCCGUAUGCGUGCCAGGUACCUGGCUGCGCAAAGCGUUACACGGACCCCAGCUCCUUGAGGAAACACGUGAAAUCCCACUCUACUAAAGAGCGACAGUUACGGAAGAAGAUGAAAUCUGCUGCUGAUGUGACACAGGACACACUGACAGACUGUUUAACCAUUCACCCUCUACAACCAAGCCUUUCUCCGCUGGCAAGGACAGACAACAACCUCAACUCAUCCCCUGGCGCAUCCUAUGAGUCAUACUCUGCUGCUCCACAGGGACAAGACUCCUCCAGAAAUUCUCACCUGGCUCUGUUGUGCUCCUUACAAGAUAAUUACAGGUUUGUUGAUCCUUCCCCUCACCAGCUCUUCUCUGGGGACCAGUGUGGUCCUUGCUCUUCCACCUGCCCCCCGCAUCCUCCCAAAGGGACAUCCCUCCAGAACAACCCAGAUCUGAAGCAGCCCAGCCAGCCUCCUGAUCUAGCAGAUCACAAUCCAGAGCUCUCAGGGCAAAUGAAGAUGGUGUAUUCUCCUCCACAAUAUGGUGGGAUCACAGCACAGACCAGUUCGAGUCACCUGAUGCAAGUUGAUGCCUUUGGUGACAGCCUCGCUCCAGCAGUCAAUAAUCCCAAUGGGGUGGCCACCUCACAAACAGCUCUUUCCUGCAUUACAGGGUUUAAUGUCCACAGCCAAGCACCCAAUGAAGAAUUACAUGGAGGAGAUUUCUUCACUGUGGUGGACCACUGCACAAGCCAUGUCUCCUGCAUUUAUACAGAAGGAUAAUCUUACUCAAUUGUGGGUUUGUUCCUUUGCACUACUUUGCGUCCCUGUUCAUUUAAGUCCAAUAGUCAACCAGGAGAAAACUUUAGAUAGCACUGCAACCUGGUGGCAGCUUCAG